GGCGGCGGCGGCGUGGAAACUGGCGUGGGCUGGGGGGUCCGAGCCGCGGGGGGCAGUGCCAUGCACAAGCACCAGCACUGCUGUAAGUGCCCCGAGUGCUAUGAGGUGUCUCGUCUGGCCGCCCUGCGGCGCCUCGAGCCUCCUGGCUACGGCGACUGGGGGCAGGUGCCUGACCCCUACGGGCCAGGUGGGGGCAACGGAGCCAGUUCCGGUUAUGGGGGCUACAGCUCGCAGACUCUGCCCUCGCAGGCAGGGGCCACCCCCACCCCUCGCACCAAGGCCAAGCUCAUCCCCACCAGCCGGGACGUGGGGCCAGUGCCCCCUAAGCCAGUCCCAGGCAAGAGCACCCCCAAACUCAACGGCAGUGGCCCCAGCUGGUGGCCUGAGUGCACCUGUACCAACCGGGACUGGUAUGAGCAGGCCAGCUCCGCACCCCUCCUAGUGAACCCCGAGGCCCUGGAGUCCAGCCUCUCGGUGAAUGGCAGUGAUGGCAUGUUCAAAUAUGAGGAGAUAGUACUGGAACGGGGCAACUCUGGCCUGGGCUUCAGUAUUGCAGGUGGCAUCGACAACCCCCACGUCCCCGAUGACCCCGGCAUCUUUAUUACCAAGAUCAUCCCUGGUGGAGCAGCUGCCAUGGAUGGGAGGCUGGGAGUGAAUGACUGUGUGCUUCGGGUGAAUGAGGUGGACGUGUCGGAGGUGGUACACAGCCGGGCCGUGGAGGCGCUGAAGGAGGCAGGGCCUGUGGUGCGGUUGGUGGUUCGGAGACGCCAGCCUCCGCCUGAGACUAUCAUGGAGGUCAACCUGCUCAAAGGGCCCAAAGGCCUGGGUUUCAGCAUUGCUGGAGGCAUUGGCAACCAGCACAUCCCAGGAGACAAUAGCAUCUACAUCACGAAGAUCAUUGAAGGGGGAGCUGCUCAGAAGGAUGGACGCCUACAGAUUGGGGACCGGUUGCUGGCGGUGAACAACACAAAUCUGCAGGAUGUGAGGCACGAGGAAGCCGUGGCCUCACUGAAGAACACGUCUGAUAUGGUCUAUCUGAAGGUGGCCAAGCCAGGCAGCCUCCAUCUCAACGACAUGUACGCUCCCCCAGACUACGCCAGCACUUUUACUGCCUUGGCUGACAACCACAUAAGCCAUAAUUCCAGCCUGGGUUAUCUCGGGGCGGUGGAGAGCAAGGUCAGCUACCCUGCUCCUCCUCAGGUCCCCCCCACCCGAUACUCUCCUAUCCCCAGGCACAUGCUGGCCGAGGAGGACUUCACCAGAGAGCCUCGCAAGAUCAUCCUGCACAAAGGCUCCACAGGCCUGGGCUUCAACAUCGUAGGAGGAGAGGAUGGAGAAGGCAUUUUUGUCUCCUUCAUCCUGGCAGGAGGCCCAGCCGACCUGAGUGGGGAGCUGCGCAGGGGAGACCGGAUCUUAUCGGUGAAUGGGGUGAACCUGAGGAAUGCAACUCAUGAGCAGGCUGCAGCUGCUCUGAAACGGGCUGGCCAGUCAGUCACCAUUGUGGCCCAGUACAGACCUGAAGAGUACAGUCGCUUUGAAUCGAAGAUACAUGACUUGCGAGAACAAAUGAUGAACAGCAGCAUGAGUUCUGGGUCUGGGUCCCUCCGAACAAGUGAGAAGAGGUCCUUAUAUGUCAGGGCCCUGUUUGAUUAUGACCGGACUCGGGACAGCUGCCUACCAAGCCAGGGGCUCAGCUUCUCUUAUGGUGACAUUCUGCAUGUCAUUAAUGCCUCUGAUGAUGAGUGGUGGCAGGCAAGGCUGGUGACCCCUCAUGGAGAGAGUGAGCAGAUUGGUGUGAUCCCCAGUAAGAAGAGGGUGGAAAAGAAAGAGCGAGCUCGAUUGAAAACCGUGAAGUUCCAUGCCAGGACGGGGAUGAUUGAGUCUAACAGGUCGAUCAAAACGAAACGUAAAAAGAGUUUUCGCCUCUCUCGAAAGUUCCCAUUUUACAAGAGCAAAGAAAACAUGGCCCAGGAGUGCAGCAUACAGGAACAGGGAGUGACAUCCAACACCAGUGACAGCGAAAGCAGUUCCAAAGGACAAGAGGAUGCUAUUUUGUCAUAUGAACCAGUGACCCGGCAAGAAAUUCACUACGCAAGGCCUGUGAUCAUCUUGGGCCCAAUGAAGGACCGAGUCAACGAUGACUUGAUCUCCGAGUUCCCGCAUAAAUUUGGAUCCUGUGUGCCACACACCACCCGGCCUCGGCGCGACAAUGAGGUGGAUGGGCAGGACUACCACUUUGUGGUAUCCCGAGAGCAGAUGGAGAAGGAUAUCCAGGACAACAAGUUCAUUGAGGCAGGCCAGUUCAAUGACAACCUCUAUGGGACCAGCAUCCAGUCAGUGCGGGCAGUGGCAGAGCGGGGCAAACAUUGCAUCUUAGAUGUUUCCGGCAAUGCUAUCAAGAGACUGCAGCAAGCACAACUUUACCCCAUUGCCAUUUUCAUCAAGCCCAAGUCCAUUGAAGCACUUAUGGAAAUGAACCGACGGCAGACGUAUGAACAAGCAAAUAAGAUCUAUGACAAAGCCAUGAAACUGGAGCAGGAAUUUGGAGAAUACUUUACAGCCAUUGUACAGGGUGACUCACUGGAAGAGAUUUAUAACAAAAUCAAACAAAUCAUUGAGGACCAGUCUGGGCACUACAUUUGGGUCCCAUCCCCUGAAAAACUCUGAAGAAUCCCCUCCAACCAUUCUCUUGUGAGCAGAAGAAAUCAAGUCCCUCUUCCUUCCUCCCUCUUCAUUCCUGUCCCUAUGGGGAGAACAAAUGACUACUGUUCUUGUCCCCUUUUUUAGAUAUGUCGAAAAUUGAGUUUUCUAGUCCUGUUCUUUGUUUUUGUUUUUUUUUAAAUUUUGUUUUGUUUUAGUUUAUUUUGGGGGAUGAUGCCAUCUCACUCAUCAUGUUACUGUGCCCAUUCCUGCAUGGACCUUUCCCAAGCGCUAGCACAGGUGCAAAUCCAUCAGAGCCAUUGUUUUCAUAAAAACCAAGCAGAAGCGAAGAGAAGCGAGGAGGACUGAUGGAAAGACAGACUCUGGACAGCUGCACGGCUUGUGAAGUGAGCUAAGUGCACCAUGUGAUGAGGUGCUCCUGGGCAUUUCUACCCACCUGUACUGCUGUCUUGCAGCUCAGAAUGGUGCAACGUAAUGGCAACAGAAAGUAUCUUAUUUAUAUAUAGAUAUAUAUGUAAUUUAUAUAAAAUAUAUAGAAAUUAUUAUAUAUAUAUUAUACGCUCUCCUAUAAUAUAUAUAUAUAUAUUCACACACAUUGGGACUAGAAAAUCUAUGGAGACUUCAUCAGUGGUACUAUGUUAUUAGAGAAAUGCUUUAAUUUUCAUAUUCCAAUCAGAUGGCAUCUUCUAUCCCACCUGGUUGGGGAGAGAUUGAAAAUGGUUGUAAGUGCUGUACCAGGGGCACUUGCAUUUGUCAUUCUCUUGAGAGCUGAGGUUGCUGGAAGUGGUCAGCCUGGGGCCUGAGAGAAAAAGGGCUUUUGCCUGGGGCAAGAGGGUUGGAGCCUUGACCCCAAAGCAGCUGCUGCCCUUGAGGUACAGUCAGUCUUGUGUGCUGAGAGACAGAGAAUGGCUAAUUAUGCUCCAUAUAAAAUUGCCUAUUGUUUUAUGCCACCUGAUGUGUCUGCAUGAGAGGUUUCCUUUUGUUCAUUUUUAAGCUGCUGUUAAACCAAAACCAUGUUGUGCUACUGUGUCAGCCUUUUCAUUGUUCCAAAUUUUACUUUUACUAUUUAAGUGAAUGCAUAGAAUCCAAUUUGCCAAUGUUCUAAAAGCUUAUGAGGUACUGAAGGAGCCAAGCCUUCGGGGACAGUAGGCGACCCGGACUUGGCCAUCCAGUCAGCAGAGGGAAAGCAGGGGCUGGUGAGGGCUGAGGGUAGGAGCUGGGGCUCUGCACUACCAUGCUGGCCCCUCACUUACCUGCCAAGGACGAGCUGGACUUGGCUGAGGUCUCUUAGUGGGGCUGCUGACAAGCAGAGGAGGCACUUGCCUUCUGACUCUGCCGGGACAGCAAGACAGUGCCAGGCUUGGCCAGCCGCAGAAGGAGUUUGAUUUUGAUUUUUUUUUUUGUUGCAGCUGCUCCAUAUGCCCUACCCUAGCCACCUCACCAACAGCUGGUAGCUUACUGUUUCUUCAAGAAGAAAGUAGAUUUUAAUGCUGUAAAUUUGAGCUGUAGAGCUAAGACUUGCUUACUGGUGAGCUGUGCAACCUUGUUGCUUUUUCCCAGAGUCUGAUAGCAGUGACUGUGGUCCAGGGAGCUUUCCUCCUACCACCAGUGUAGGCAGCAGGUGUGGUUCUGGCCCUACCCCAUCCCACUGUGCUCUUCUGAAGCCAACGUGCCUCCCUCACCUCCAUGCCAGAGGGAUGACGCAGGGGAGAACAUAGAAAUGCUUGGCCCUAGAGUUGAGCCACUAGGUUAGGACUGGUGCAGACAACACAGUGUUGAAGAUGUUUUAAGCACUACCAGCCAAAUUUAGGAAGUCUGCUCCCAGUUACCCUACCAGCAUCAUGAGGCUGAACUGUGAAGUAUGGGGCCCACAGGUAGGGUAACGAAAGGGGGCAGCAGCUUUCCCUUGGGCAGUACACUGGAGUGAAGGCAAGUGGCAUCAAGUGAUAGCUGCCCGUGACUCCGAUGAGGGAGGUGAGCAGGGAGUGUUGAUUCUCUGGCGGUAACCAAGUGAUGCGUUGGUGGGAACGAUGCUCAGCCCUCCCUCUCUCCCUCGCUCCCUCCCGGGGAAGAAGAGCAAAGAUUCAAAGUAAGCAUGACACUAGUUGGUUUACCAGUGUUCCUUCCAAGGAGACAUAUAUUUUUUAAUAAACGAUAGUUGCAAUGAA